AAUCACGUGAUAUUGUUGCUCGGAUGCGAGCCUCCACCCUUUCGUUUGGAGCAAAAGGGGUUCAGUGGGGUGUAAUUUCGAUUGAAACCUCGAUUCGUUGGCUUCGCGCUUGCCACCAUAACAAGCACCGAUAGGAUUAAGACAGACCUUUUAUUUCAUAACAAGUUAACGGUAACUAGACAGCUAUUGGGUUUUUGGGACACCUAGGUAGUUAGCAAACUAGUAGACUAAGCAACAUGCUAAGUUCGCUAGCCUGUAGCUAGGUAUAUCGAUUAAUUCGUUAAAUUACCAAAUGUUUGCUGUCACUGCAGUAUAUUAAAAGUAACCAUACAGAAAUACGUCCUGAUGAAUCGUAAACAGAAAAAGACCAUUAGAUACGUGGAAGAGGGUAGUUACACGAAGCUAAAGUCCUACUUGCGGAAACACUCCGACUUGGACAUAAAUUUCUCCCAGGGAAAAAAACGCAGGACCCCGCUGCACGUGGCCUGUUCACUGGGUCAUGAUGUCAUUCUUCUGCUUUUGCUGAAGCAUGGAGCAGACGUCCUACAAAAAGACAAGAAAGGGGACACUCCGCUACACAUAGCUGCUGAACAGGCUCUGAUAAAUGGGAAAAUAGUAUAUGAUGACCUCGUGGUGCCCCUUAAAAGGAGAUGCCCAGAGGCCAUGGUCUCACCAAAUAAUGCAGGAAUUACACCUCAGGACCUACUACAAGGGAUAAAGUACCAGAAGGCUGUACCGAAUAGCCACAUUUCAGAAAAUAAAGACGAUGAGCAAGAGUGGCAAGAGAAGCUCUUUGGGGAAUGCCAGGAUGAGUUCUUUGAAACCUUUGGACAAUACGAUGAUUAUUUAUUUGAGGAUACGGAUGAGGAGGACUUUCAAGACUGGGCAGAUAGAAUUAGGCAGGAGUAUAUAAAUAAACAAAAUGCAAAUGCUCAAAGACUGGCAUCGUCAGGCUCUCAUGGAAAGAGGAAGAAGAAGACAGAGGAGGAGGAGCGAGCCAACAGGGAGAUGCAUGAGAAGCUACAGAGGGAGCAUGAAGAGUACCUGGCACGUGCCGCACAGAAAGCAGAGGAAACACACCUGAGCAAGAAGCGCCGCUAUGAGGAGCGAUGUGUGGCCACCUUCAGCAAAGACACAGCAUCAACAGCCACCACAAAACUGGGUUAUUGCGACAUUCCCUGGCCGGCUCCAAAGGGCUCAGUGAAUGAGAUGGUGAAUGUGAUGCUGCACGGUGCUGACAGAAAAGAUGUGCCGGUGUUCCGUAAACUGCUUCGGCGCCAGCAGGCCGUUUGGCACCCGGAUAGGUUUGCCCAGCGCUGUGGGGCCCGGUUGGAAGAGCGAGACAAACAGAAGAUCCUGGACACUGUCACCGCCCUGUCACAGGAGCUUAAUAGAUUGGCCCAGAGCCUCAGGUGACAGACUGGGACUUCAGAGAUGUUGAACAGUUGGUUAUUUAGUAGCUCAGGCCCUGUGCAUGCAGGGUAUUGGUUUCCAAUUUCUUACAUAAACCUGGCUUUGCUUUUUUUGUGGUUGUUUUAACUCAGUGAAUGCCAUAGUUCUUAUAAUUCUGUACUGUGUUUUGUAUUUCUUAGCUGUAGACUGGCACACCAUCUCUUACAUCAGGUUCUAUCUCUUCAGUAUUUAUGUUAUGUGUCAAUUUCUUUUCAACUCAAGUGCAGAUAGCAAGCAAUUCUUUUCAAGCUAAAAUAAUAUUUCUGCCUGCAAAUAUUGAAACAAUAUGUGUAAACAUUAUUUAAAAUGGAAGCUAAAAACAUCUAAUACCACUAUUUAGUAAACAGUUUACCCUUA